GACCAACAGAGGCGCACCCGGCGUAGACCCAGACGUUGACCAGCACGUGGUACAGAAGGACAGAGCCAUGGCGCAGGCACAGCUCGAGCAGAUGUACAAGUACGUGAUGGAGCAGGAGGAGGCCAAGGAGGCGGGCGUCGAGUUCCAGGCACCCGUCCUCCCCGCCCCUGCACCGCAGCGGGCUUCGUCGUCGACCACAUCAUCGUCCAGGAAGGAGAGAAACAAGCCCGCCAACCUGAACCUCAGCAAGGCUGAGAAGAAGGAGUCGCGGACCUCGUCCAUCCUGUCGGCCCUCAAGUCGCCGCGCAAAAAGAAGCAGACGGCCCCGAUGAGCAUCUCUUCACCCAUCAUGACGCCUAUGUCGGGCACAUUUCCACAGUACACCGGCGAGGAGAUGAACGCCAUUCCACCGCGGCAGUACGCCCCGGCCAGACCCCCACCUGUUCCCACCGACCAGCUCCUCCCCAUGCGCAACGGCGCCCACAUGGCUCCGUUGACGCCUCCGGACGAUAUGUCUCCGGAGAGCACACAGAGCAUCGAUGAGAGGAUGAUCGGCAGCAUCGCAGCGAUCAAGGGCAAGGAUCGGAGUGCGGCGCGGAGCGGGGAUGUGUCCGAGUCUGACGAGGACGAGCCUCGUGGUAGCCGAGACAAGCUGGGUCACUCCCGCCACAUCUCCAUGGCGACUACAGAGGCAGAUCCUGUGUCCGCCGUCUCGGAGACCUCGCAGUCCGGCUUGAUUCGCAACGCCCAGCCGACCUCCGGUCUACCUACAUCCCCCAAACCCGGUGUAAACAGAUUCCCAUCUCUGCCCUCGUCUCCGAAGCCAGGUGCUUCCUUCUCGCGCCCGAACGCGCCCUCGGCCGUCCGUACCGGCGGCGCCCUCCCGCUACGUGCUUACGAGCCCGGCCUCAUGUCGCCCAACACGUACGAUCGCUCCGUCAAGCAAACGGUCUUUGAGCGUGCCGGGCCCAUGUCGCCAGGGGGCAUGCACACGGCCCGGACGCCUCUGACGGGAAACCCGGUCCCGUACUCACCAUAUCAACCUUUCUCACCCGUGAUCCCCAUCACGCCGAGCCUUGUGACCAAGGCGGACCGGAAGAGGAUGCGCAGGAUGGAGCCCAAGACACCGACACUGCAGAUGGUGGCGAGCGAUGAAGAGAUAUGGUAGGCUGACAGGCUGGCUGGCAAGUUGGUCAGAACAGAGAAGAGGAAGAGUCCUUGUAUGAAGCCCCCGCCUAGCCAGGCUGCUGCGGUCGAAACUUUCUUCUCGUGUCAUUCCAGCCACGUCAUGUCUGUGUAAUGACUUUGAACGGUUUUCUUUAUUCAUAUUUUCUCCUGUUUUCUUCUUCCCUAUUGACGGGAAUUGGCCUCGACGGACUGGUCGGGGUUUGGAUUCGCUUGGCUUUCCAUCAUGAUAUGACCGCUGAAGACCAGAAUUAUGCUGUCAUGCCAAUGCCUCGUGGCUUCUAAAGCAUGAUGAGCAACGCUCAGGAGAUAGACAUGUGUACGAAAAAGAGUACACCGGCUGAGCCGUUUCGAAGGAUGGUUCUGAUUUGUCAGUAUCUAUUAAUUCUUGUUCUGAUUAAACUUUUCUCCUUGGAUCAAUAUGAGGGUCAACGCUAGUUAAGUAUGCA